UACUGCAAGUCCCUCAUACUCUUGUUCCAUAAACGCGCACCAUGAAUUCACCAACUGAAAAAGAUGAACUUCAGGACUUUGAGUUGGAAUAUUACGAACAGAUGGAUUUCACGGACCAGCACCCAUCAACAAUGGAUAGGAACGUUGACCAACUACAGAUAGAUUUCACCGACCCGCAACCAUCAAGAAAGGAUAAAAACGGCGAGCGUAAAGUGACAGGAGGAAGAAAACCAGUGCAGCUUUCUGCGGUGCAGUGCAGAAAGCAGUGCAAUUUUCUGCACUGCUUUAAAAUAAGCUGCAUCAUCAUCCUGACAACCUGUGUAGUGUUACUCUACCUCAACAGUAAGAAGCAGAUGAGUCCAGCGGAAGAAAGCGCUGAAAUUGUGCCAGUUACUUCUGAAAUGCCACUCUCUUCUGAGCCACCACCUACUUCUGAGUCACCAGUCAUCUCUCAGUCCAGCACCAUCAAACCUCAUCAGAAUACGGAGUCGUUCACUCCCGCGGAUUGUUUGGAGCGGCCGGAGAAGACAUCGGGCGUGUACACCAUCUACCCCAGCAGCGCUGCCGUCCAAGUUUACUGCGACCAGACGACGGACGGCGGCGGCUGGACGGUCUUCCUGCGGCGCCAGAAGCAGGAGCCUCAACUCAACUUCAGUCGAACCUUCAAGGAAUACGAAGAAGGAUUCGGCAGUCCCACUGGCGAACACUGGCUGGGCCUGGAGAACUUGCAUCACCUGACGACCAGGAAGACGAUGGAGAUGCGUGCCGCGAUCAUCCGAGGAUACAGUCCUGUUAACACCAGCAGCCGCUACCGGGACUUCAGAGUGGACGGCGGCGAUGAGUACACAUUGAGGGUCGGCAGCUACGACGACAAGCGCAGCUCUGCCUCCGAUGCCCUCACCUACCACAACGGCAUGCAGUUCUCGACCAUCGAUCGUGAUCGUGAUCGAAACGACAAAAAAUGUUCGGGACUGUACGGUGGCGGUGGCUGGUGGUACAACUCCUGCUAUAGAGUUCACCCUACAGGCUUGUACGCACGCAACCGACCUGCCAACGAGAUGUGGAGCGAAUCUAGCACUUCACAGUUUGUGGCCUGGGGAAUUUUCAUGAGAGGGCACAUCUCGCAACUCACCCUCAUGAUCAGACCAAGGAGCUAAAUGACAAACGAAAUGUAGGACAUGAUUAUGACUCUGGACAUGCAGGCCAUGCUCUGGGAAAUACAGGACACGCUCUCAGAGGUGUAGAACAUGCUCUGUGACAUCUAAUAAAUAUUCUAUGAUAUGUUGGACAUGCUCCUGGACAUACAGAACAUGCUCUAAGGAAUGUAAGAAAUAUUGUACUAUAUGUUGGGCAUUCUUUUGGAAAAUUGAAUGAGCAAGAAAUAUCUCCCAAACAAAUGAACGAAUUCGAUGAAACUUGGUACAUGUAUUCAAUAGGACCUAGCGGUGAUGUUGUCUCGUGAAAUUUUUUGAAAUUGCUUUCAUUCGUGAGUUACAUUACAGAGUCAAGAUUAUGCCUGAAG